GCCCUGGGGCACGGCAGGAGUGGGCGCUGGAGGAGGUGAGCUCGUGCUUAGUACCUGACCCGUGUGCUUCCCUGCGGGGAGUGAGGAGCAAUGGGAGAGGGUCAAGGCUGGGGAAGCGCAGAGCAAGAAGAGAUGGAAUCUGCGCCCAAGUCUUCGGAGGCACAGCCACUUUGAAGCCAUCGCUGUUUAUAGAGAGUGCUGAUUGUCCCCUGUCUCCAGCUCCUAGUCUGCAGCACCAUGCUGGAUCCCAAGCCUCACUCUGCAAGCCGGAGGUGAAUCCAGGUGAAAGCCAGCUAUCACAGUAGGUGUCAGGAUGACCAAAGCACGGCUCCUCCGUCUCUCUGUGGUGCUGGUCUCCGUCUUCAUGAUUCUCCUGAUCAUCGUGUACUGGGACAACGUGGGAACAGCUCACUUCUACCUGCAUACGUCCUUCUCCAGGCCUCAUUCCUCAGGAGCCAUCCCAGGUAUUACGGCAGGUGAAGACUGGGAAGCCUUGCCAGAUGUGGAUGAAUUUUUGGCAAAGCUUCUUAGUUCGAGCCUGAAACAGAACAGCUCUAUCUCCCGAAAGACAGAGCAGCUACUCGUCCAGGGCUCAAGCAAGCCUGUGGUGAGCAAUUUGGAGGAGAACGUGCGGGGCUAUGACUGGUCUACGCGCAAUGCCAGAGAUAGCCUGGACCAAGAGAAACUGCAGAUAGAGAGGCAGAGAACUUUGCGAGAGUUUUGUGCCAAUUCCAGCUUCACCUUUCCUACCAAGGAGCGCUCCUUUGAUGACAUCCCAAACUAUGAGCUCAACCACCUGAUUGUGGAUGACCGCCACGGCAUCAUCUACUGUUACGUCCCUAAGGUGGCCUGCACCAACUGGAAACGGGUGAUGAUUGUGCUAAGUGAGAGCCUGCUGGACCAGGGAGUCCCCUACCGGAACCCUCUGGAUAUCCCACGGGAACAUGUCCACAACACCAGCACCCACUUGACCUUCAACAAAUUCUGGCGCCGUUACGGGAAGUUCUCCCGGCACCUCAUGAAGAUCAAGCUGAAGAAGUACACUAAGUUCCUCUUUGUACGGGACCCUUUUGUCCGCCUCAUUUCUGCCUUUCGCAGCAAAUUUGAACUGGAGAAUGAGGAGUUCUACCGGCGUUUUGCCAUCCCCAUGCUAAAGCUGUACUCCAACCAUACCAACCUUCCCACCUCUGUCAGUGAGGCCUUCGGGGCAGGCCUCAAAGUCUCCUUUUCUGACUUCAUCCAGUACUUACUGGAUCCCAGGACAGAAAAGAUGGCCCCCUUCAAUGAGCACUGGAGGCAGGUUUACCGCCUGUGCCACCCGUGCCAGAUAGACUAUGAUUUCAUUGGGAAGCUGGAGACGCUGGAUGAGGAUGCUGCUUAUCUAUUGCAGCUUCUCAAAGUGGACAGGCUUCUUCGCUUUCCCCCCAGCUACCGGAACAGGACUGCCAGCAGCUGGGAGUAUGACUGGUUUGCCAAAAUCCCACUGGCUUGGAGGCAGCAGCUCUACAAGCUUUAUGAAGCAGAUUUUGUACUCUUUGGCUACCCCAAGCCAGAAAACUUGCUUAAAGACUAAAAGUAAUUGAGCGGUGGGUGUGGGAGGGAACAUCUGAAAUACCAAAAAUGUUUAAAGCCUCCUCAUUUUUGUUCUUAACUCCCUUCCCCAUACAGGUUGGUACAAUGGAAUAUAUUUUUUCUACCGCUUCCCCUUCCGUUUUUGCAAUAAUGCCAGAGUCCAGGGUAUUCCAGCCAGCUGUGCGUAUGCAAAAAAAUGCCAUUUUUUUUUGUUAUCAUUUGUUUUCUGGGUUUUCUGUUUUUCAAAACAUCCCCAUGUUUUGCAAUGGGUCACUGCCCUUGGUCACUCUGCCAGUUGUGUCCUUCAGUAGCUUUUUAUUAAUACUUUUUUAAAAUUAAUAUAUUUAAGAUAUUUAAUACGAAGUGUGUGUCACGGCAAAGGAAGGGAAGGAAUAAAAAAAGAAGUCAAAGAAAAACCCAAGAAAUUAUGUACC